UUUAUGCUCGCUAGGCAACAACUCCAUCACGGGGAAAAAAGUAGAGCAGACUUGUUUACAAAAUGCCAUCUCCUAUGCUUAUCGAGGAUCCAAUAGAAGCUAAAGAUGUACCAAAACUAAUACAGCCAAGAAGUCACAGAGCCAAAGUGUGUGUAUGGGCUGACCUCACUGUUGAUGAUGUAGACAGAAUCAAUGAAUCAGACAAUGCGGCACACAUCAAGCAAGUGUUGGCAGAGGUGUUUCAGUUGAGUGACCACAGAGACAAUCUCAAGGCUGGAAUCAUCCUUGACCUCUACUACUACACAAUACAGUUUGCUAAAGAAAAUGGUUUCAACAAAGAAAAGCUGUCCACUUUAUUUUCAAUUGUGAAAAAGACACAUGAAGUCUGCAUAGAAACUCCAUUUGGAAAUGUAGACCAGACAUUCAACUAUUUCAAAGAGCUAGUCCUGUGUCAUUCUGUCAAUAGACCUCCCUUCAGUAUUGAACUGUUCACUGCUGAUGAGAUCCGUUCGAUAACUGAGUAUGUAAUCAACACAUACUUCCGUCAUUUCAAGAUGUAUAAAUACGCUUUCACACCACUGGUACGUCUUGACUUGUCCUUGACCUACGCUGGCAUGCCUCCUUCACCACCUCAGUCUGAGGUGGGUGACCCAGAUGUUCCAAUCGAGGAGUCUGCGGAGGACUUGGUGCCAGAAGAUACGGAGAGGGGUACUGGAGAAGGAGAACAAGAGGAGAAAACUCCAGAGCCAGAAGAGUCGGAUGCGAGGAAGGAACUUCGGUCAAUGAUCCAGACUUUCCUGUCAGAAGAAGUGAAGAAAAUGAAGGUUUCAGUAGAGGAACAGAUAAAAACAACAGAAGAAACGCUAAACAAAAAAUUGGACACUGCAGAGGGAGGCGCCAAAGGAGGGAAAGGGGGAAGGGGCUCUGCCAAGGGGAAGAAGAAAUGAAGUUAUGGACUGUGAUAAUGACUAUACUUUUGUGAUAUUUUUAUGAUUACUUAUAUGCAUGUAUUUGCAAAAUAAUACGGCUGUUAAAAGGGUUUAAUAUAAAUAUUGGACUUUAAAAAGUGAAAUGUAUGAGUUCCAAACUAGAAAAUAUAUCACUUUUUCAGUUUCGUUUAUAAAAUCGAUCAACAAUACAACAAAAUUAUAUUUUUGGAAUAAAUGAUUUUGGUUUUGAGAAAAAAUCUCGGACAACAUGUUUCUUCAAAAGUUAAUACAUAUUGAUAAUUUUGGUAUUUAUAACAUGUGAAAUAUUGUACAUAGUGGUGUGACGAUGUAGGUAUGGGAGGUUUUGUAUGGAUUGCGUGAAAGACAAAGUGACUACAAUAAACAUAAUAAACUGUU